AGAACUACGACACUGAGACUAACCAAUCGCCUAUGCGAAUGGCCGAACCUGAUGAGUUGACCUGUCGAGAUCUACUUCCACAACUUCCAAGCAAAGAAAUUCUUCAACAGCUCGUUGAAAUGUACAUGACAGCGGGCACAUGGAUAUGGUCUUAUCUCGACGAGGUGGAAUUAAAGCGCAGAGUUGACCGUUUUGUCGAGGAGGAUGAGUUAGAUGACAUGACCCUCGCGACAUUCUUUGCUAUCUGCGGGACUGGACUUUAUUAUACGCCAUGGCCGCACAAUAUCCUCAAUGCAUUUCCAGAACCUGCCAUGGUAACUGGAGAUCGCUUCCUAGCUUUGUCCACGGAAGUUCUGGAACGCCGAAACAGUGACUGGAUACACCAACCGACUCUGGAGCUUCUUGAGUUGCAUCUGCUUAUGGCCCACUAUUACAGUGGUGCUAAGCGGGGGGAUUCCGGAGAAGAUAUAUAUUCCCUCGCAAGCAAAAUGAUUGGCAUUGCAACAGCCCUGGGACUCCACAGGGAUCCUGAGCAUUGGUGUAUCCCCCCCGAAGUUGCUUCCCGUCGGAGGUGGGCCUGGUGGAAUGUGUUAUCAUUCGAGAGGCCCCCUUCAAUCAGCAAUAAUUCCUUUGACACCCAGUUCCCCAUGCCAGACUUCCAACAACCGGGUCAACUCGCCGCCGAUGAUUCUAUUUUGCCGUAUCUCUGUAUCUUCCGAUACGCCCUUCUCGUUGGUCAGAUAUUGGAAGACCUGCAUUGUGUCAAGCCAAUGACGUUCGAGACCAUCAGCGCACAUGAUCAAGCGCUUUUGGAUUGGCAGAACACCUGGCCAUCUGAUCUGAGACUUGAUGAGUUUGGCAUUGCUUACGCGAUGUCUCGUAACGCGAGCGAGAAUAUGGUGCGGCGCGGCGUUCAGUGCAUGUAUCUUUAUGGGCUGUGCAAUCUCACUCGUCUCUGCAUCAAUCGCCCAACCAUAAUCACGACAGCUAAAGAAGCCGCAGCCGCUCAUGAUCGAAUGGCCGGUGCAGCAGCCAAACUGGUCGCCUUGCACGCUCGCGCCACACCCGAUUACGUCAACAACGCUGUUCUUACGGUCCCUGGUCAUCUUGGACACGCCCCUUACAAUAUCUUCGCCUCUGCCAUGUUCUAUACUCACCAACUGCUUUCCAACCCUGAUCAACCUGGCGCAGCACACUUCCGUUCCAAUUUGAGUGAAGCUAUCUCAACGUUUGGAAAAGUCCGCGAGAUGCCCAUCGCGGAUCGAUGCUUCAAGAUUCUUGUCGCUUGUCACCCGCCUCCAGAAACGGACAGUGAGGAGAACCAGCAAGUCAGGCGCCAGCGCAUCGCGGCCGUGAGGCGAGUGACGUUCCCGUAUGUCAAACUAGCUGAUGUUGCGGAUAUCGAGCAUAUUUACCCUGUAACGGGUGAAGGUGAUAUCGCACCAAUUACUGCUAAACCAGAACAUGAGCAAAGAUCCUCUCUCGUUCAUUAGCGAGCAUUUCCUUGUAUUUGUGGUUUUUUUUUAUUUAUGCGAGGUGCUAGCCACCAAAUGGGGAUCCAGGUGAACAGCACCUAGACUUCUUGCGAUGUACAUACGCAGUAUGAACUACAUUAUGGUAUAUCAAUCGUCGUUACAGCA